AUGUCACCGAGUCGAAGUAUUCGUUGUAUUCGAGUUAAUCCAUCUGGUUCACAAUUAGGACUUGUUAUUAAAAAUAAAAAUGAUACAUUUCGUAUUACAUUCUAUUCAAUAGAUUUAACACAUUCAUUAAUAACAAUUCCAAUUAUUCCUUCACUAUCAUCAUUAAAAGAUGGUCGUAGUAGUGAUUUUAUGUUAUAUUUAUCAUCAUUUAUUGAUGAUCGUUGGUGGUUAGUUAUUUAUAGCAAUGGUAUACAUGAACAAUCUCUUUUAUUAAUUGAUAAUCAAACAGGAAAAUCAGAAAUAAUUAUUGAUAAUUCUAUACUUAAUGCUUGUAUGUUAGAUGAACAAUAUUUAAUAGUUCGAAUGAAACAAACAAUGUUAAUCUAUGAUAUUCAAUAA